UUUCAGAAGCUGGAGAGGUGUGUGGGCAUCGUGACGUCGCUGACCAACGGGCUGUCAGAGCGGGAGGCCAACGAUGCCCUCAAUGCACACAUAUGUAAAGGAACCCCCCAACACGAGGAGAUUUGCCUGGGCCUUUUCACUCUGGUCCUGACCGAACCCACUCAAGCACAGAAGUGCUACCGGGACCUGGCUCUGGUGAGCCGAGAUGGCAUGAACAUCGUCCUCAAUAAGAUCAAUCAGAUCCUCAUGGAGAAGUACCUGAAGCUGCAGGAUACCUGUCGCACCCAGCUGGUGUGGUUGCUGCGGGAGCUGGUGAAGAGCGGCGUGCUCGGUGCCGAUGGUGUCUGUAUGACCUUCAUGAAGCAGAUUGCAGGGGGGGAUGUGACAGCAAAGAACAUCUGGCUGGCAGAGAACGUCCUGGAGAUCCUGACAGAGCAGAGAGAAUGGGUGCUGAAGAGCAGCCUCCUGAUAGCCAUGGCCGUGUACACCUACCUGCGGCUCAUCGUGGACCACCACGGCACCGCUCCGCUGCAAGCACUGCGACAGAAGGAGGUGGAUUUCUGCAUCUCCCUCCUCCGGGAAAGGUUCAUGGAUUGCUUCAUGAUCGGCCGCGACCUGGUGCGGCUCCUGCAGAACGUGGCGAGGAUCCCUGAGUUUGAGCAGCUCUGGAAGGACAUUAUCCACAACCCACAAGUGCUCAGCACUCAGUUCACAGGUGUCCUCCAGCUCCUCCAAUCCAGGACAUCACGUAAAUUCCUGGCGUGUCGCCUCACCCCGGACAUGGAAACCAAACUGCUCUUCAUGACCUCAAGGGUGCGGUUCGGGCAGCAGAAGCGGUACCAGGACUGGUUCCAGAGGCAAUACCUGUCCACCCCUGACAGUCAAUCCCUGCGCUGCGACCUCAUCCGUUACAUCUGUGGGGUGGUUCAUCCGUCCAACGAAGUGCUCAGCUCCGACAUCCUGCCGCGCUGGGCCAUCAUCGGGUGGCUGCUCACUACCUGCACAUCCAACGUUGCUGCUUCCAAUGCCAAACUGGCUCUGUUCUAUGACUGGCUCUUCUUCAACCCCGAGAAGGACAGCAUCAUGAAUAUAGAGCCUGCCAUCCUUGUGAUGCAUCACUCCAUGAAGCCUCACCCAGCCAUCACCGCCACGCUGCUGGAUUUCAUGUGCCGGAUCAUUCCCAACUUCUACCCCCCGUUGGAAGCCCACGUUCGUCAGGGGGUCUUCAAUUCCCUCACCCACAUUGUGGAGAAGCGCGUCCUCGCCCACUUGGCCCCUCUCUUUGACAACCCCAAGCUGGACAAGGAGCUCAGAGCCAUGUUAAGGGAGAAGUUCCCGGAGUUCUGCAGCUCCCCAUCGCCUCCCAUUGAAGUCAAAAUCGAGGAGCCAGUUUCUAUGGAGAUGGACAAUCACAUGUCAGACAAAGAUGACAGUUGCUAUGAUAACGCCGAGGCUGCGUUCAGUGACGAUGAGGAGGAUCUGAACAGCAAAGGGAAGAAGAGGGAGUUCAGGUUUCACCCGAUCAAAGAAACCAUCGUGGAGGAACCUGUGGACAUCACACCAUUCCUGGACCAGUUGGACGAGUCUCUGAAGGAUAAAGUCCUACAGCUGCAGAAGGGGAGCGAUACGGAAGCGCAGUGUGAGGUCAUGCAGGAAAUCGUGGAUCAAGUCCUGGAGGAGGACUUUGACUCGGAGCAGCUGUCUGUUCUCGCCUCCUGCCUCCAGGAGCUGUUUAAGGCUCAUUUCCGAGGGGAGGUUUUACCGGAGGAGAUCACGGAGGAGUCCCUGGAGGAGUCGGUGGGGAAGCCGCUCUACCUCAUAUUUAGGAACCUGUGCCAGAUGCAGGAGGACAACAGCGGCUUCUCCCUGCUGCUGGAUCUCCUCUCGGAGCUCUACCAGAAGCAGCCCAAGAUCGGGUACCACCUCCUCUAUUACCUUAAAGCCAGCAAAGCAGCAGCGGGGAAGAUGAACCUGUACGAGUCCUUCGCUCAGGCCACGCAGCUGGGGGACCUGCACACGUGUCUGAUGAUGGACAUGAAGGCCUGCCAGGAGGACGACGUGCGGCUGCUCUGCUACCUCACCCCAUCCAUCUACACCGAGUUCCCGGAUGAGACGCUGCGCAGUGGUGAGCUGCUCAAUAUGAUCGUGGCCGUCAUCGACUCAGCACAGCUGCAGGAGUUGGUUUGCCACGUGAUGAUGGGGAACCUCGUCAUGUUCCGCAAGGAUUCCGUGCUCAACAUCCUCAGUGAGUGCUGCACCUAUGGGGGGGGACACCCCAUCUACCCCCCCAUCUCCCCCCCCAUCUACCCCCCAUCUACCCCUCAAUCUAUUGCAGUGCAGUGCAGUGCAAUGCUGCAUGUUGCAAUGCAGUGCCUUUCAGUGUAUUGCUGCACGGUGCAGUGCAUUGCAUUGCAGUGCAUUGCUGCAUGGUGCCUUGCAUUGCAGCGCUGCACGCUGCUGACUUGCUCUCUCCUUGCAGAGCACCCCGAGGCGUUGUCCUGUUUGCUGCUGCAGCUGCGCCGAGAGAAGCCCAGCGAGGAGAUGGUGAAGAUGGUGCUGAGCCGCCCGUGUCACCCCGACGAUCAAUUCACCACCAGCAUCUUGCGCCACUGGGGGCUGAAACACGACGACCUGCUGGCUGAGCACAUCAAGGCGCUGCUCAUCAAGAACAACAGCCUGCCCAGGAAGAGGCAGAGCCUGCGCAGCUCCAGCAGCAAACUGGCCCAGCUGACCCUGGAGCAGAUCCUGGAGCACCUGGACAGCCUGCGCCUCAACCUGGCCAACACCAAACAGAACUUCUUCAGCCAGACGCCCAUCCUGCAGGCCCUGCAGCACGUCCAGGCCAGCUGCGACGAGGCGCAUAAGAUGAAGUUCAGCGACCUGUUCUCCCUGGCUGAGGAGUACGAGGACUCGUCCAGCAAACCCCCCAAGAGCCGCCGUAAGGCCGCCCUCGCCAGCCCCCGCAGCCGCAAGAGCGCGGCACAGCCCCAGAACAACGAGGAGGAGUCGGCGUCCAGCAGCGCCUCGGAGGAGGAGGACACCAAACCCAAGCCCACCAAGCGGAAGCGGAAGGGCUCGUCGGCCGUGGGCUCGGACAGCGACUGAGACGCCGCGGGGUAGAGCGUCCCCCACAGCGCCCCCCAUCGGAGCAGCGCCCCCUGGUGGCGGAGGGGAGGAACUGCAGCCUGUGUGUGUGCGACCCCCCCCAUCCAGCACAGGAACCUCGGGGAGGG